AUGUUUAGCGUCAUCCAAUCACCAAAUACGCAGCAAAAGUUUCUACUACUGGACGCACCUACACAAAAGACACUACCAAAAUAUGUUCAAGUAUUCAAACAAGAAAAUGUAUCUGAUCUCGUCUGUAUCUGUCACCGACCGUCGGGGGAUAUUUAUGACACUGAGGAGCUUGAACAAUCAACUGGAAUCAAAGUACACGACACAAUCAAAUUCGAAGAUGGCAGCGUGCCUGAUCAACAAGCGAUUGAUCUUUGGUUAGAACUAAGUGAAAAAGCUAGACAAGAAAACACGACGAUAGGUGUCCACUGUAUUGCUGGUAUUGGUAGAGCACCUGUAUUAGUGGCGAUAUCACUGAUUGAAGCUGGCAUGGAUCCACUCGAUGCCAUAAGUUACAUUAGAAAACAUAGAAGAGGCGCAUUAAAUAAGAAUCAAGUUCGAUUUUUAGACAGUUAUAAAAAAAAGGGUUCCAAACGGAAAAAAUUGUUUGGGCUUUUUUAG